CUCUUUCAGGCACUCAAUGGAUUUGUCUUGGUGGUUGCUGCAGAUGGCCUUGUCUUCUUUUCCUCAUCCACCAUUCAGGAUUAUCUUGGGUUUCAGCAAUCCGAUGUAAUUCACCAAAGUGUUUUUGAGCUGAUUCACACAGAAGAUCGAGGCGAAUUUCAGCGUCAACUGCACUGGGCGUUGGACUGUUCUGCCUUCAGCAGAUGCCCAGAGAUCCCCAGAGGUGACAAUGGGUUCUCAAUGAUAACGACCAUGUAUAAUCCUGACCAGCUUCCACCUGAGAAUUCAUCCUUCAUGGAAAGGAACUUUGUCUGCAGGCUAAGAUGUCUUUUAGAUAAUUCUUCUGGAUUUUUGGCUAUGAACUUUCAAGGACGUCUGAAGUAUCUCCAUGGACAAAACAACAAAGGGAAGGACGGAGCGCUAGUACCUCCUCAGCUUGCACUCUUUGCCCUGGCUACACCGCUGCAAUCACCUUCCAUAUUGGAGAUCCGAACCAAAAACUUUAUCUUCAGAACAAAGCACAGACUAGACUUCACCCCAAUAGGGUGUGAUGCAAAAGGAAGUGUGGUACUGGGAUACACAGAAUCAGAGCUGUGUGUUAGAGGAACUGGAUAUCAGUUUAUUCAUGCGGCAGAUAUGCUGUAUUGUGCAGAAAAUCAUGUCCGAAUGAUCAAGACUGGAGAGAGUGGUAUGACUGUGUUCAGGCUUCUUGCAAAAAAUAACAUAUGGAUCUGGGUACAAGCAAAUGCACGUCUUGUUUAUAAGAAUGGGCGACCAGAUUACAUCAUUGCAACACAAAGACCUCUUACAGAGGAAGAGGGAGCAGAGCACUUAAGAAAGCGAAGCACACAGCUGCCUUUCAUUUUUGCGACUGGCGAGGCAGUGUUGUAUGAGACCUCAUUUCCUUUUCCAGGCCUAAUGGGCCCCUCGCAAAAUAAACCUAAAAGUUCUUCAAGUAAAGGCUCCUCUGCCAAAGCAACAGCAAAUGAGGCACCCGUCAAUCCUGCCUCCCUCCUGGGUGCCAUGCUGAGACAACAAGAUGAGCCUCUGUACAUUUGUCCUGCGGCUCCAAACACCUUCUCUUUUGAGAACGUUUUCAAAGAUACCAGGAAUGAACUGAGCAACAGCUUUCCCAGUGGUUGCCAGGAUAGUCGGCUACCUCUGGCAAACAACAAUAUAAAGCAAGGGGAAGCAGCCUUUUCCCAGGGAAAGAGUACAAUGAUGUUGUCAGACCGUGCAGAGGUCACCUCUGAGGGCAAAAACAACGAGCUUUACAACAUUAUGAGAAGCCUGGGGAUUGAUUUUGAGGACCUUGAGAUGAUACAGCAAGAUGAAGAGUUUUUCAGAAAUGAAUUUGAUUAUUCAGAUAUUGGUGAAAUUGAUGUGGCAGAUGAAAUUUUAAAUUAUGUUCAGGAUUCUCUAAAACGAGAAACCAGAUUGCAUGUUUAUGAACCCUGUUCAGCAAAUACCUUGCAUGCAAGACUCCAGCAAUGUAGUACAAAGCAGCUUAAACACAGCACAAAUGCGCCCACAACAGCCUAA